AAAAUCAUACAUUUAUUAUUGAUACAAAGGUCAAGGUCAUCAAAAUAAGCAUGGCGGAAAAAAAUUCUGAAAAUAUUUUAAAUUCUUUGAAUAAUGACUCAGUUGGCGAUGCUACGGUGUCAACUGAAACAAAAGCAAAAGCGGACACUGAUCAAGAACUAGAUGAUCUUCUAGACAAUGCAUUACAGGACUUUGAAAAACAAAAAUCUCAACCAACAGAGGCUGCACCCGAGGCAGUACCAAAACAGACAUCAGCUGACUCUGCAGCCAUAGAUGCCAGUAAGGCUCAGGAGGAUCUAUUUAACCAAAUAUUCAAAAAUAGCGGUGCUGAUGCCUCUGAUGAAGCCACAAAACAAUUUGAAAAUGCCAUGAAACAAAUGUUAUCAUCUGAACCACAAAUAGUAGAGCAGUUUGAAAAGUUAUCAGAGGCUGCUACUUCUGCAGAUGCUUCUGAAGAUGGUCAAAAGGAGUUUGUAGAUACCCUGCAACAAACACUUGGGAGUCUAGCAGAGAAUGCCCAAAAUCUACAAGGAGAGCUGUCAGAGGAAGAUCUCAUACGAUCUCUAGGGAGCUUAGGAAUGGGGGGCAUGCAAGGAAUGGGGGGCAUGCCAGGGAUGGGAGCCAUGCCGGGAAUGGGCGAAGCUGGCGAAGGCGGAGAUUUAGAAUUUUUACCCAUGAUGCAAGGGAUGAUGAAAUCAUUAUUAUCAAAAGAAAUUCUGUAUCCAUCUCUGAAAGAAAUAUCUGAAAAAUACCCUGCCUGGCUUAGUGAUAAUAGAGAAAGCCUCUCUAAAGAAGAUAAAGACAGAUACGAAGCACAGCAACAGAUGAUGACGAACAUUUGCACAGAAUUUGAAUCUGAACAACAAACAGACUCUGAAGAUGUACAAAAAGAACGAUUUGAAAAAAUUCUAGAUUUAAUGCAGAAAAUGCAGGAGUUUGGACAACCCCCAAAAGAUAUAGUAGGUGAAAUGGCACCUGGUCUACAAUUUGACGCAGAAGGCAAUCCACAAUUACCCGGAAUGAACCCAGAGCAGUGCAAUAUAAUGUGAUCCACUUGAAAUUAAAUCAUGUUUUAAUUCAUGAAAUGAAAUGGAAAAGAGUGGAAUCAGCAUGGAAUAGAAUAAACAGAAGUGCAGUCAACACUCUAAAUUAUAUAGAAAUGUAAGAAAAUCAAACACUUCAUUCAAAUUUUAGAGAGAAUUGAGAGGAAUCAGCAUGGAAUAAAAUUAACAGAAGUGUAGUCAACACUCUAAAUUGUAUAGAAAUGUAAGCUUUUGAGAGAAUGAGAUAAAAUGAGGUUGACAUAAUU